AUGGGCUCCUUCUCCGCCGUCGCCGUGAGCCUCCUCCUCUUCCUGAUGUUCCAGCUUCCAGGCCAAGCGGGAGCCAAGCCCGUGUACAGCGCCGUGUCCAGCGCAGACCUGGCGGAUUUCAAGAAUUUGCUAGACCGUUUGGAGGAGAAGAUGCCUUUAGAAAAUGAGGUUCCCUCACGAGUCCUAGGCGAGCAGAAUGACGAAGCAGGGCCAGCUGUCCCUGACGAGACUUCCUGGACCGGGGAGGUCAGCCCAGACCAGGCAGAUGGGGCUGGCCCCGGGCGGGACCCCUGGGACUCUGCUGAUCGCUCUGCCCUCUUGAGAAACAAGCCGACGGCCCCUCGGAGCCUGCCGAGAUCCAGCUGUUUCGGGGGAAGGAUGGACAGGAUUGGAGCCCACAGUGGCCUGGGCUGUAACAGCUUUCGGAACUGCAAGAUCCUGCAGGAGUUAGGUGACAUUGACAAGAUUGCUCCUCUGAGCUCAAUGGAACUCAGAGAUCACUAA